AUGAACUCCAACGCGCUCGGAAACGGUCGUCACCGCCGUCAAAUCUCCACACCAGUGGCUCCAUUCGAGCUCGCGCCAGUCAUGACCAAUAUCCAACCCCGUCGGUCACAUCGUCGAGGCCAGACUGUAGACUACAGCUCUUUCAGUCAACAGGCCACUAUGGACCGACACAUGCCGAAGACGGUCUCGCAGUUGCGAGAUUAUUUUAACGAAAAAUCAGGUUUCUCAUAUCAACAGAAGGAUUCUCAGCAGUAUCAAUCUUAUGCCCAGCAGCCCGAGCGAUCUUUCAUUCCAUCAGCCGUGCACAUGCAACCGUAUCAAUAUCAACCACACCAGUCGCUCGGGUCUGACUGCGAGGCUUUCAACCAAGAACAAUUGCAAGCGAUUCACACCACCACUGGUAGCCCUUCGCCCUCUUCUGUCGGUGCCCCGGCUAUGUCUCGAUCAGUCAGUGAAUGCUCCGAAAAUACACCAUUGAAGCUUGCGCUGCACCGUAUGCAGCAAGAACAAUUCUCGAACCAGCAACAGCAACAAUUUAUUAGCAAUGCCGAUUGGGAUUUGUUCCCUCAGCGCAACAUACCAAUGGUCCAAAAUGAGCAGGUGACGGCCUAUGCCGGUCCAAUGCACCCAGUCUCUGUUCAACCAAAGGCUCCAUCUGCGAAAAUCCUUUCGCAAAUGUCUACUGCUUGUAUGCAACUUUCGCUUCAAUCUCAUCCGGCCGACGCUAAUUAUAUGGCAGACAACUCCCCCAUGACACCCAAUUCUACCCCAUUGAAAAGAUCUAUUGAUUAUUCCAUGUACAGCAAUGACCCAUCAUCUUCCAAGUCCCAAAGUUUCUCAUUUCCCCAUACCCCUGCCACUGCUGAGAUGCAGAGAGCCCAGUCGUUGCAAGGAGUCCCCUAUGUCGAUUCUGUGCAGAUUAAGCAGCAAAUGCCCUCCCCCGUCAAUUCCCCGAUCAGCUCGUCUUUCACGGAAGUUGCCGAUAUGCCAUCCCCGAGUUCAUAUGGGAUGACACCUCAAAAUUCCAAUGCCUCAUUCGCGUCGUCCACUGGCAGAUCCAAGAAGCGAGCCCCGUCCACUAUCUCGAUCCCAACCGACCCAACCGUUCACGAUGGUGACCUUGAUGCUCGAGUCAAGGCCUCAGUCCAGCAAACCGGUGUCUCGACUGACGAAAUCGCCAAGUUCAUCUCCGGCCCCGAUCCCAAAGAUGGAAAGUGGGUCUGUCUAUUUACGGGCUGCCUUUGCCGCUUUGGUCGUAAGGAAAACAUCAAAUCCCACGUCCAAACCCACCUUGGAGACCGUCAAUUCAAAUGCGACAUUUGCGAAAAGCACUUUGUGCGCGGACAUGAUCUCAAGCGCCAUCUCAAGACACACAGUGGCAACAAGCCCUUUACCUGUGCCUGUGGUGCCAGCUUUGCCAGACAGGAUGCCCUGACCCGUCACCGUCAGCGCGAUAUGUGCGUUGGAGGAUUCACCGGUGUGGUUCCAAAGACCACCAAGCGUGGCCGUCCCCCGAAGAAGAAGACCAGCCGUCCGGAUAUCGACACCCGCCAGGCCAAGUCUACUCGUACUCGCCAACGUGUUGCCGAAAAAACCUCAGCCGCUUCAGCUAAUACCAACAUCACUCUGCAAGAUGCUCCCGUGUUCAACUCGCCCAAGUAUGCCCCGUCCACUGCCGUCUCGUCUUUCACGCCACCCACCUCCCCCGGAGACAGAUAUCGCACGAUUUCCUCGCCAUGUCAGACCUACGACUCCCUGGAUGCCCAGCUCGAGGAUGACAUGCUGCCCUUGUCACCACCCCAACUCGCUCACGCUAGAUAUGAGCAGGCAAUGGCGCAGUACGGAUCGAAUUUCAGUUCCCAGGCAUACUCGCAGGAAUCUACCUAUUCGCAGGAAUCGCUCUACAGUGAAUCUGCUCUCUCGCCUCGGGAGAUGUCCUCCCCUCGCUCGGCACCCACUCUGGCUGAAUCAUCCGUCGGCUCGGAGAUCGAUAUUUUCAUGACUCAAGAUCCCUCCGACGACCUGCGAGAGGAAUUCGGUCAUCUAGCUCACUCAGGCAUCCCUGGUUUUCCGACUUAUCAGUUCGUGGAUACAACCGACUUCGCCUCUGUCUCGUCCUAUUACCCCGAGAAGACCUUUUCUGGUAUUCCCCACAUGGACGACGACCUGACUGACCCAAUCGACUGCUUGUCCAGUGAGUUCCUGGUGGACCCUUGA